AUGGCCUCCGAAAGCAGCGCCCCGGCCACGGCGGCGCCGGCAGCACCGCAGACCUACUCAACCGAUCCCGCCCUCUACAUCUACACGUCCCUCACAGCCGGCUCCUCCCACAUCGUCACCGCCACUUCCCGCCUCGAGACCAUCCUCCGCGCCAACCGCGUCCCCUUCAAAGCAAUCGACAUCGCCGUCGACGAGAAAGCGCGCAUGCUCUGGGGCCGCCGCGCACCCAAACACGCCUCGGGCCGCCACACAAACAUCCCCGGCCUAGUCCAAGAAGGCCUCGUCCUCGGCGACCUAGUAGAAAUCGAAGAAUGGAACGAAUACGGCGAACUCAAACAACACGUCCAAAUCUACUACGACGACUUCACCAUCCCCUCCAAAUCCGCCGCCCCUCCCCCCAUCGUCCAAAAACCAGUCACCACCUCCAAACCUGCCCUUCCACCGGUGGCUCCUCAGAACCCGGUCAAGGCCACCACUCCCGCGCCGCAACAUCCUGCCUCGUUGCCAAUCCGCUCCAUCGUCGAAGAAGCUGCGCAAAAAGCGAAAAAGAAUCAGCUGGAUGCGUUAAGGAGCAAGGCUGCUGCUGCUAGUGCAAAGGUGCAGGAGAACGAGGCGAAGGAAAGCAAAAAAGAGGAGACUCCAGCGGGAUUGCAGAGCCCGACGAGCACGGGGUGGAAGAGCUCUGGCGAUAAAACGAUUGAGACCACGAUUCAGAGCCCUACGACCACGAGCUGGAAGGGGAGUCUGCCCAAGGACGUGGACCCGCCCGUGACGAACUUGCAUGGGAGCCCGAUUGAGAGGGUGAGCAAGGAGGAGAUUGAGGCGGUGGAGAAGGCCGAGGCGAUUAAGGAGGAGAGCAGUGAGGAGGAGGAGGCGGUGGUGGAGGAGGAGGAGAGUAUUGAAAAUGACAAGAAGCCAGAGGAGAAGAAGUAA